AAUAAUGAUAAAAUGUAAACACAAACAACUGGACAACAGAAAACUGGACAACGAAAAACCGGAUAGAAUUGGUCUAAUUUUUGGGAAAAGAUGGAAAAUUAAAUAAAGUAUUUUUAUAACUUAGUUAUUUAACUAUUUUACGCUUAGAAAAUGAGAGGCAUAUUAAAAUGGAUUGAUAAAGUUGAAUUUCCCAAUACGAAAGAUGAAGACAUCAGUAUCCAUUGUGUAUGCUAUAGUCCUGAUGGCACGCAACUGAUAGUGGCUGCGAGGGAACGAGUUUUAGUGUAUGAUCCAAAAGAUGGUACUCUAUUGAACACAUUAAAGGCCCAUAAAGAUGUGGUCAAUUGUGUUGCUUAUGCCAGAGAUGGCAAGAAAUUUGCCAGUGGAGCAGCGGAUAAAACCGUUAUAGUUUGGUCACCCCAACUGGAGGGAUUGUUGAAAUAUUCUCAUGGAGAUUCUGUGCAAUGUAUGAGUUUCAAUCCCAUUUCUCAUCAUUUGGCCUCCUGUUCCACAUCAGAUUUUGCAUUCUGGUCCUCGGAUCAAAAAGCUGUACAAAAGUAUAAAAUACAUUCCAGAGUUAAUGCUUGUUGUUGGACUAACGAUGGUCAGUAUCUUAUUUUGGGUUUGGCAAAUGGUUCAAUUACUAUACGCAAUAAAACUGGCGAAGAAAAAGGCAGAAUAGAUCGUCCAGGAGGUUCGUCUAGUGCAAUUUAUGGUGUACAAUGUUGUCCAGCAAUAGCAGAACCCAAUACAGAUACCAUAGCAGUAACUGAUUGGAGUCAAACUUUAUCCUUUCAUACCUUAAGCGGACAAAUGAUUGGCAAGGAGAGAUCUAUAGGUUUCGAUCCUUUAUCUUUGUCGUAUUUACCAAAUGGCGAAUAUUGUUUGGUAUCAGGAUGCACUGGAAAUGUUCAUUGCUUUACUCGCGAAGGUGUUCGUUUAGGUAUUUUAGGUGAUACUGUUGAUACCUCGUGGAUUUGGUCGGUGGCCGUACAUCCCAGUGGACAGUCGUACACAAUUGGCUGUCAAAAUGGAACCUUAUCAACAUACUCCAUAGCCCUAACUACAGUACAUGCACUGUAUCGCGAACGUUAUGCAUUUCGGGAACACAUGUGUGAUGUUAUCAUACAACACUUGAUAUCGGGACAAAAAGUACGCAUCAAAUGUCGUGAUCUAGUACAAAAGAUUGCUAUUUAUAGACAAAAGUUGGCAGUCCAGUUGCCAGAGCGGGUGGUUCUUUAUGAAUUAAAUUCGAUAGAAGACCAGCCAAUGCAUUACAAGGUAAAGGAAAAGAUACAAAAGAAAUUCGAUUGCAGUUUGUUGGUGGUAUGCGCUAGUCACAUUGUAUUGUGUCAAGAUCAACGGUUGCAGUGUCUGGAUUUUAAUGGUGCCUUGCAGAGAGAAUGGUUAAUGGAUUCGUUUAUACGAUAUAUAAAAGUUAUCGGAGGACCUGCUGGCAGGGAAGGUUUAAUGGUGGGAUUAAAAAAUGGAAAGGUUUAUCGUAUAUUUCUGGAUAACGCAUUGCCUUUGUUGAUAACUUCCGCAGUAUCAGCAGUUCGUUGCCUGGAUGUUAAUGCAAAUCGCACAAAAAUUGCAGUGGUUGACGAUGGUGGUCGUCUAGUGGUCAGAGAUAUCUACAAUGACACUCUUCUUUAUCAGGACACAGGAGUAAAUUCCGUGACGUGGAAUACCCAUUUGGAUUCAAUGUUGUGUUACACACAUACCACGGGAGGUCUUUCUGUAAGGGUGGGCAAUUUACCUCCCAGAGCUCCCCAACAAAUGAUAGGUGUCGUAGUUGGUUUAUGUGGAGCUACAGCUUUUUGCUUAAGGGGAAAUGUUAUGCACAAUGUACCACUGGCUUUGGGAGCCACAAUGUGGCAAUUUAUAGAAGCUGGUUUAUUUGAGGAAGCUUUUCAAGUUGCCUGUUUGGGUGUAACUAAUGCAGAUUGGGAGGGUUUAGCUAAAUCAGCGUUAGAGGCUUUACAUCUUAAUAUUGCACGGGAUUCUUAUGUUAAGAUACGAAAUUUGCCUUGGCUUCAACUAAUUGGAAAUUUAAUGGAUAAACAAAAACGUGGCCAAGUGCCGAAAGAGGUAUUACAAGCGGAAAUCUGUGCCUAUUCUGCAAAACACAAGGAAGCUGCCAGAUUUUUCGAAAAAUGUUCCUUAAGUGUUAAGGCUCUGGAAAUGUACACCGAUUUGAGAAUGUUUGAUUUGGCGCAGGAAUUCAUAAGAGAUGGCAGUGUAGAAGAAAAGAAAAAUCUAGUACGCAAAAGGGCAGAGUGGGCCUAUUCCGUGAAGGAGCCUAGAGCAGCGGCAGAGCUGCUGUUAAGUGUAGGAGAACACCAAAAAGCCAUUGAGAUUGUGUCCGAACAAGGAUGGGCUGAUGUUCUUUAUGACAUCGGAAGACGUUUAAGUCAAAGCGAUAAAGAAUCUUUGGAAUUGGUGGCAUUUAAUUUAAAGCGAUUAAAGGCUUUACCUCUGGCUGCAGAAGUAUUUAAAAAAUUGGGCAAUGAGGGUGAAGUAGUGCAAUUGCAUGUUGAAGCUCAUGAUUGGGCUGAAGCUUUUUGUUUGGCUGCCGAUAUGCCAGAUAUAUUACCUCAAGUACAUUAUCAACAUGCUCAGUGGCUUGCAGAAAAUGAUCAAUUUAUAGAAGCUCAUGAAGCUUACUUAAAGGCUGGCCGAAUUAAGGAUGCUAAUCGUUUGUUAAAACAAUUAAGCAAUUCGGCCAUAGAGGAGGAGCGUUUCUUAGAUGCUAGCUAUUUUUAUUGGCUUUUAUCUAAACAGUAUUUGGAUAUUUUUUAUGACAAAGAAGUACAAAAUCCUAUAGAUUUUCAUUUGAAGGAAUAUCACUCUCACCUGCGUAUAGCGAAAAUUUAUUAUGCUUACAGUGUAAUAUAUAAUUAUAUGAAGGAACCAUUUACCACGUAUUCACCAGUGAGUCUUUUCAACGUUUCAAGGUUCAUACUAAAUGAGGUAGAAUAUAAAGGAGCUCCGAAGGGAGUAAGCAUGUUCGCGGUUCUGUUUACUUUGGCUAAGCAGGCCAAAUUUCUACAAGCAAAUAAACUUUGUUUGGUGGUCAACAAAAGAUUGCAAUCCCUUAAGCCUCCUUCUGGUGUCCAGGAGCAAAUUGAUAUAAAUUAUUUGAAUAGUAAAGCCUGUAAAAGUGGUUUUAAUGAUCCUGAAGAGUUGCUGCCUUUAUGUUAUAAGUGUUCGAAUUAUAGCCAGCAUUUGAAUGGAAAUUCAUGUCCUACAUGUCGGCAGGAUUAUAUAUUUUCAUUUAUAUCAUUUGAAAUCUUACCUUUAGUACAAUUUUAUCCGGAAAUGGAUAUUACCGAUAGUGAAGCAGAAAGAUUACUAUUAGCUCCACCAAAAACGAAUGAAGAUCAGGAUCCUUUUAAUGAGGAUACCGCAAGUGCCUUACCGUUGAGUUUAGAUCGCAAUGCUCUACGUUCUAUAGAUCCAAAUCAUGUAUUAAUUUUAAAACGCCGUACUAAAGCAAAUAGCAAAUUUAUAUUUUAUCGUAAUAUUUUGCCGGACUUACAAGUUACAUAUUGUCCAGAGUGUUUAUUGGUAUUUUAUGCCGAGGAUUUCGAGUUGCAUGUUUUACAAAAAGGUUUUUGUCCGUUUUGCCGCACUGCAGCUGAAAAACUGUUUGAGGAUUAUUAAAUUUUGAUCUUAAAUUUAUUUAUUAAAUUAAAUCUCUAUUGUUUAAGACCAAGUUUCUUCUUGA